CCCAAUUACAACGUUUUAUACUCUGAUAUCCUGCUCAUCCUUACCCACCAUAGCUUCAUACUCAAUACCUAUCAAGUAUCCGUUCCAACAAACUCGCUAUUGCGACAUUACGACAACUACUCAUAAUCUGAGGAAGGAAAUCUGGACUUCCCCCAGAGAGACAAAUAAACAAAUAAGAGGUUGAGAAAUCAGGUAGCAAGGCUAUAGGACGAUAGAAAUAUAAGAAGCUGGAUAGAUCAAAACUUUGUAGCCCGGGAGUAAGGUAACUUCCAAGUGAAUGCGAGAGGAGAGUUCGGAAAAUUGGAAGAUAGGAGACUAAGAAGAGUCAGGAAGAAAAGACAAGACUCAUCAUGCGAAUACACCUGUCUUUCCUUUUGGUCGCUACUUUUGCCUUGGCGGAUCCCAAAUCGUUACAUGAUUUGACGGCGGAUGCGAAUCGGUUUUUAUCCUCUGGGGAUUAUUUAGAAGCUGCUAGGACAUAUUCACAGGUUAUACAACUUGAUCCGAGCUCUUACUUGAAUUACUAUAAACGAGCUACUGCGUACCUAUCACUGGGAAGGAAUAACCAGGCAUUAGAGGAUUUAGAUGCUAUAUUAGAACUGAACCCGUCCUUCUCUCAGGCCUAUUGGCAAAAAGCAAAGAUUCUCGCACAGGAAGGAGAAUUUGACCGUGCGCUGGAAACUCUUCGUCAAUAUGGUAAAUCAGGAGAUCCUGAAGCGAAGCAGAUGGAAGAGAGAAUACAUAUCGCUGCCGAAGCUCAGCGGAAAGCUAUAGCAGCUGAAGAAAAUCAACAAUGGGCCGUAUGUGUAGACGAGGCUACACAAGCUUUAACGACGAGUCCGAACUCUAUCCCAUUACGAGAAUUGAGAAUACGCUGUUCAGAAGAGACUGGGAAUGUCAUGUCGGUACAUGGUGAUCUCAGUCGUCUCGCGGCUCUCAAUCCUUCGUCAAUUUCUAUCGCCCUUCGUCUCUCUCACAUAUCUUACUUCCUCCUUGCCUCAACCUCCGCCCUCCAGAACAUCAAACAAUGUUUACACUACGACCCAGAUUCUCGUCCGUGCAAGCGUGCGCACAAGCUCAUUCGAUCCUUUGAUAAAGAUAUCACCAAAGUCCGAAAUUUUGUCGAAGGUUCCAUGUGGCGCCAAGCGAUCAAAGUUCUAGACGGAUCCGAAGGUCUCAUCGCUCGUUUUGAAGCUGUCUUAGAAAUGGCUCAAGAAGGUCAAGAUGGUUUCGAACCGUACAUACCCAGAAAAUUGAAUCCAGGGCAACACAGUCAGCUCAAACUUGAGAUAUACGCAUUAGCGUGUAAAGCUGCAGUGGGGGCAGAUCAUAAGAAAGGGUAUGUUUGGUGUGAAGAAACUUUGAGAUUAGAUGAGAAUAAUGUGGAUGCUUUAGUUGGUCAAGGUGAGAAAUUGUUAAAGGAGGAACAAUGGGAGGAAGCGGUUAGAAGUUUGGAAUUAGCUUUUGAGAAAUCAGGAAGGAGUAGUCAAGAUAUUCUUAACCGGUUGCAGAAAGCUCAGAAAUUAUUGAAAAUUUCAAAACAGAAGGAUUAUUAUAAAAUAUUGGGUGUACGGCGAGAUGCGGAUGAUAGGACUAUAAAGAAGGCCUUCCGGAAAGCAGCAAAAACGGCUCAUCCUGAUGUUGGAGGAACACAAGAGAAGAUGCAAGCUUUGAAUGAGGCUUAUGAGACUUUGAUAGAUCCUGAACUUCGAAAGAGAUAUGAUAACGGGGACGAUCCAAAUGAUCCUACUUCGAAUCAACAACAAAAUCCUUUCGCUCACCAUGGAGGUGCGCCUUUCCAGUUUUUCCAACAAGGAGGUUUCCCAGGUGCUGGACAAGGAUAUCAAUUCCAUUUCGGUGGUGGUGGAGGAGGUCCCAAGAUGCCUGGUUGGGGAUAGAAGUGAUAUUGUAUGCAUUUUUAACUGUC